GGAGGCGAGCGGUGGCGCGGCAGGACUCGGCGGCGGCGAGCAGGGCCGGUGCUGUCCGCGGCUCUGCGGGUGCUGAAGGGCAGGCGGGCGCCCCGCGCCGCCUCCCCGCGGCGCUCGGUGCCUGGGGCUUGGUCUGGGUGCCGGGUCUCGGCGGGAAGCGUGGUGCUGGGAACUGCUGCGAGUUUGCUCCGGACUAGCUGGCUCCCGCUUCGGAUCGCCGUGCGUCCGCUUCUGCCUUUGUGUGACGAAGAGGUGUUCCUGGUCGCGAUUCUUGCACGGGGACCCGGCACUGGUUUUAUCUGCCUUGCAGACUUUAGUGACUCUUAGAUAAGGACCAGAUCUGUAAAAAUGUUUAUGUGGUGGUCAACUCUUUUGCUUCUUGGAUGCAUUUUGCUGGGAGCAGAUGGAUGGCCAGCCAAGGAAGGAUAUGACUUUAGGCCUUAUCAUCCUCUAGUAAGAUUACGCCACAAGCAGGAAAAGAAUCAGGAAAGCUCAAGAAAUAAAGGGCAUAUGGGCCAAGAUGGACGUUUUGGAACAUGUGAAAACAAGUACUGUGGUCUGGGUAGACACUGUGUUGUGAACGAGGAGACAGGCCAAGCGGAAUGUCUGUGCAUGGAGCACUGCAAGCCUCAUUACAAGCCUGUGUGUGGUUCGGAUGGAGAAUUCUAUGAAAAUCACUGUGAGGUACACAGGGCUGCCUGUCUGAAAAAGCAAAAGAUCACCAUUGUACACAAUGAAGACUGCUUCUUCAAAGGAGAUAAAUGCAAACCUACAGAAUACACUGAAGUGAAAAACAUGUUACUGGAUCUACAAAAUGGGAGAUACAUGGCACAAUCAAAAGAUAAAACCAUUGUAGAGAAAAUGGCUUUAAAGAAACUUCUUGUGGAUCAUAUGUUUAAUUAUUUUGAUUCAGACAACAAUGGACUUGUGGACACUAAUGAAUUAUCUCAGGUAAUAAAACGGGAUGAGGUUGGCAAGGAUCUAGCUGACUGCUCUCUGUUCGAUUUGCUGAAAUACGAUGAUUAUAAUAGUGACAAGCACCUAUCUCUGGAAGAAUUCUACAGAGCUUUUCAGGUAGUUCAGCUAAGUCUGCCUGAAGAUCAAAAACUAAGCACUACUGCAGCAACAGUGGGACAAAGCACUGUCUUAAGUUGUGCCAUCCAGGGAACUCUGAGACCUCCCAUCAUCUGGAAGAGGAACAAUGUCAUUCUGAAUAGCUUAGAUUUGGAAGAUAUCAAUGAUUUUGGAGACGAUGGAUCCUUGUACAUUACUAAGGUUACCACAACUCAUAUGGGAAAUUACACCUGCUAUGCUGAUGGUUAUGAUAAGCUCUAUCAAACUCAUAUUCUCCAAGUGAAUGUUCCACCAGUCAUUCGAGUCUACCCAGAGAGCCAGGCAAGAGAGCCAGGUGUGACAGCCAGCCUUCGCUGCCAUGCUGAAGGUAUUCCCAAUCCACAAAUCGGUUGGCUGAAGAAUGGAAUUGAUAUCACUCCAAAGUUAUCCAAACAGCUAACUCUUCAAGCAAAUGGUAGUGAGGUUCACAUCAGCAAUGUGCGCUAUGAAGAUACAGGAGCAUAUACUUGCAUUGCAAAGAACGAAGCAGGGGUGGAUGAAGAUAUUUCUUCUCUUUUUGUGGAAGACUCUGCUCGAAAAACCCUUGCGAACAUAUUGUGGCGAGAGCAAGGUCUGGGAAUUGGGAACAUGUUUUACGUUUUUUAUGAAGAUGGCAUCAAAGUAAUACAACCAGUGGAAUGUGAAUUUCAGAGACAUAUUAAACCUAGUGAAAAAAUCCUCGGUUUUCAGGAUGAAGUUUGUCCCAAAGCAGAUGGAGAUCCUGCUCAGCGCUGUGUAUGGGCAACUGCUGUUAAUGUAAAAGACAAAUUCAUUUAUGUAACUCAGCCCACACUUGACAGAGUUCUUGUGGUUGAUGUGCAGUCUCAGAAAGUUGUACAGGCAGUAAGUACAGAUCCUGUUCCAGUGAAACUACACUAUGAUAAAUCACAUGAUCAAGUCUGGGUACUGAGCUGGGGAAGCAUGGAAAAGAAUUCACCAACUUUGCAGGUGAUAACACAAGCCAGUGGGAGUAUUUCUCAUCACACAAUCCACACUCAGCCAGUGGGUAAGCAAUUUGACAGAGUGGAUGACUUUUUCAUUCCAGCUACAACCCUUAUCAUUACCCAUGUAAGGUUUGGAUUUAUUCUUCACAAGGAUGAGCCUGUGCUCCAGAAAAUUGAUCUAGAAACUAUGUCAUACGUCAAGACAAUUAGUUUAAAGGAUUAUAAUUGCAUUCCUCAGUCACUGGCUUAUACACUUCUUGGAGGAUAUAUUUUUAUCUGCUGUAAGCCUGAUACCACUGGGGCUGUUUUACCACAGCUUAUAGUGGACAGCGUUACUGAUUCUGUGAUUGGAUACAAUGGUGACGUAACAGGCAUGCCACAUAUCUCUCCAGAUGGACACUACCUUGUCAGCAUUGAUGAUGCAAAAGGUCUCAUGAGGAUCCAGUCCAUAACAAUGAGAGGAGAAAUACAGGAUGCAUUUGACAUUCACACUAAUUUGCACAUAUCUGAUGUAGCUUUUCAGCCAUCAUUCACUGAAGCUCAUCAAUACAAUGUCUACUGUAGCUCCAGCAUGCAAACUGAUGUUCUCUUCAUGGAGCUUUCCUCUGGCAAGGUUAAGAUGGUGAAGAGUCUGAAGGAGCCAGUAAAAGCAGACGAAUGGCCUUGGAACAGUAAGAACCGUCUUAUAAAAGACAGUGGCCUUUUUGGUCAGUAUCUCAUGACCCCUUCCAAGGAAUCUCUCUUUAUCCUGGAUGGACGGCUCAAUAAGCUAAAUUGUGAAAUCACCGAAGUUGAGAGAGGCAACACAGUAGUUUGGGUUGGAGAAGCAUAAGGAUCUGUGUUAGAUAUUUGCUGAAUGAAUAGUUUUUCAGUACAAUGCACUUAAAUUACACCAGUCUUCAAAUUUACAGAAUUUUUAUUUUAAACUCUUAGACCCUUCUAUGCCUGAUAUUUCUUUGACUUGAACAGAAUUUGAAUCAACUUCUGCAUAAAAGAUCUCAAAACAGUAUCUAUGCGAUAAUGGUACUCAUUAAUUAUCAGCUGGGAUUGUGGUGUUUGGCUGAAAUUACUGAAUGUUGAAAUUGAUGAUAAAUAUACAUUAUUUUAAAGGAAGUAAGAAAACAAACAAACAAACAAACCCCAAAAAACUUCAGGGAAUUUAAUAUGUUACUUUGCAUUUGUAAGUGGAAGACUUAAAUAUGAUUCAAAUUUUUGUUUGAGUUGCUUCCGACACAAGAGGAGAGCUAUUGUACAACUUUGACUCCUGCAACUGAGAUGUUCUGUCCUAAUCUGUCCUGUCCACUGUUUAAUCUUUUUGUGCCUUGAAGCGAAAGUUUCACAGGAAAGGUAAAGCAUAGGAAUUGUAUAAUUUAACCCCAUUGUAGCUGCAGGAUUGCUUGUCAUUAGAAAGAAACUUCUAAUAUCAAAUUUCUUGUCUCACAUUAUGAAACAUGCAUAGAGAGAAAAUAAGGAGAAAUUAUAUUUUCAAUGUUUUCUGAUCUCUCCAAUUUGACAGGUUUAUUUUUGUGGUGAGUCUUAGUUGAGGUUGCUGCUUGUAGAAGCUUAACAUUUUUAUUAGAGAAAAAUAGGUAUUAGUUUUUUCACCUAUCAGGAUUUCAUCAGCAAGGAGUUUCAGUUCUACUGAAGAGAAAUUAAUAUUUCUCAUUACAGAAUCACAGAAUCAGUCAGGGUUGGAAGGGACCACAAGAAUCAUCUAGUGUGUUUCUCCUUUCAGAAUAAACAACAUUCUAAAAGCCUGGCAUCACAAAACUUCACUUACAUCAUCAAGAAAACAUUUUGAAACAAACAAAAUGCAUUUUAAGAAACCGAAAAUGCAAAGAAUUCAAAUCUGCAACCAGCAGAUAAAAGUUUUGCUUAUGCAUUGUACCAUUGAUCUACAUUUGUUAAACCAUUUGGUUAGCUCAAGAGAUUAUCUGUUCCAUUCAUCCAAUUGGAUUAGUGCAAAAGAACCAAAAACCAUAAAAACAAAACCAAGAAAAAACUUUGUAUUUUUUUAUAGUUUGUUAAACAUGUAAAUGGGAAAAAUAGGACUCCCAGGAGUAAACAGGUUGGUAGGAUUGGAAAGCCAGCAGUAAACAGCUAUCCAAACUUUAAGGAAUCACUUGAAAGUUUGGGAGUACUUUUAUUUUUAUUAUGUUUUAUUCCUGCAAUGUGCUUAUAAGCUCUUAAACUGAUCUCCGCUUACUGAAAGUAAUCAGAAAAGAAAUACGUAGGGUUUUUUUAAAGCAAAAUUUUACUGCAAUUUAGAUUGUGUAAAAUUGCUUAGAAAUUUGGAAUUUUCUAGCAUUGUAAUCUUGUGUACAUUUAGCAUCCUGCCCUGUGUAGUACAGUAGAUCUGUUUAGCCUGAGCAAACCUCCUGACAGGUAAAUUUUACUAAGAUAAAAGUUUGCUUACAUUUCUAGCUACUGACUCUGUUUUUCUUUUCAACAGCUUUUCUCCAUUGUGAACAAACAAGAAUCAUGUAAUCUGUCUGUUACUCACUUAUUUGCAGUAGUCUGUCUCAUGCAUUUUUCUUCUGUAUCUUACACCACGUGAAUGUUCUGUAUGUAGAAAAUGCUUGACAAAAGGAGAAUAAACCCCAUACAUUUUAAA